AUGGCCGACAGAGCAUUCUUGGAGGCCUUCCAGCAGUAUGCGGAACAGAUCUUCCAUAAUAAACGCAAGCCUGAUGUUGCACCAAACGGAGACGAUGACGAGGCCGAGGAAGGCGAGCCUAAGGAGGAGGAGGACAGACAGUUGGUAGAGGAAGGUUCUAGCCAAGGGGAAGAGACCCAGCCAUGCGAGUUGGAAGGUGAGAGGACUGAGGUGGGGACGGCAAACUCUAGCAAUGCCUUCCUUACAACCCCCGGCGCGUCAUUGGCUGAUGCAUCAGCCGGUUCUGCAGCAGCCUUCCAUCCAAUCCCCGGUGCAUCAGCGUCAUCAGGGGUGAUUGAGCAACCAAAUGACACGCAGUGCGGUAGUCAUGAGUAUGGGCCAUAUGGGGUGCAGACGGCCAUGUUCAGGAUGCAGACUGAGCUGCCGUACAAUGUCCAUGCUCCUCUGCCCUAUGAUACACAGGCCCAUGCUACAUACGGGCCACAAGCCUACCUUGGCUAUAACUCGGCUGCUCAUUCAACCUAUGACUUGGACUUGCAGGCUCAGUACCAUGCCCACACCCACGCUCAUGUGGCUCAGGGCAGUCAUGCAUCACUCUCCGGACUUCAUGCACCCUUCCUUCCUCACACCGAUGCAUCAUUGCAGACAGGCAACUUCCCUGGCUUCAAUACGCACCCUUCAGAUUCAUUCCCACAGGCUCUCAUCACCCCCAACUUCUCGUUUACUGAGGGGUCACAGCAUUCAAACUGGAACUUCAAUGACAUAGGAUUUCUCACUCCUCGAGACGGGUGGCGACUAUCAGAUCUUCUGUCCCCCACCUCUGCAGAGCGUAGUAGCCUGGCUGCUGGAAUCAAUGACGACUCACUUCCCAUUCUGCCUUCGCCUCCCACCAUGCCUUCGCCUCCCGCCAUGCCUUCGCCUCCCGCCAUGCCUUUGCCUGUUGUGCCUCCUCUCGUUCCAGCUCCAGGUACAGAUGGGACUUCUUGCCCUCCUACCACGAAGGCUGGAGCAAAGCCAAAGCCUGCAAACCAGCGUCCCAAUGCCAAGUCCACGAGGAACUCCAAACCCUCGCCUGCGGCUGACACAACUACGCAGCCUGCCUCUGCUGUGCCUUCCACCAAGAAGAGAAAAGCCAGAGCAGCGGCCACAGAACCUGCCCCCAAUCCUGAGGUCAGCGCCACAACAACCACGCCCUUACCUGUUCCUGGUGUCCCUGAAGGCACCACAAGUCAGCCGGAGGGGGUCAAUGUUGACUCUACAGUAUGCAUCAAACGUGUGCCGAAAAAGUCUAGGCGUAAUGAGGCUGCAGAUGCGAUUGGCACUGACGGUGUUUCAUUCUUUGCUGGCAAGGAAAAUGCGUGCCUAGAUGCAGAAGGAGCGUCUUUAUUGAAACGGCCUGCGCAGAAUGAAGUUCCCGGCACUCCCAAGAAAAAGUGUUCCAAGGCUUAA